UGCGAAUGGAGUCUGAGUCCAUAUCGAUGAGCGCGCGCGCGCGCUAUUUUCACAUGUUAACUAGCAGCCAUAUUGCAAUGGCAAUUGACGGGACUAUUAAAUUGAUUUUCGUCAACAUCUCUUGAAUUGAAUCGAUCACAUUUGUCUCAUAUUUUGUCGGAUAUUGCACCUUAAACUCGUUAAAAAUGAAAAGGAGCAACCCCUCGGCUGGCCAAAGUGGCAAAAUUCUCAGUCCUCGAUCUUCAGUAUGGCAAUUUAUGGAACUGAACAGGGAAACUCGCAGAGCACGGUGCCGCUUUUGCGAAAAAGUCUUGGCUUACACAGGGGGCACAACGAAUCUGCGCUACCAUUUGACAGCAGCUCAUUCUAUGGAAGAAUUUGAGGUUAUUGGCCCUUCAGCAAAGGUAUUCAAGCCAGGAGGAAGGCCUCUCGGAUCUGGAAAGAAGAGAACUUUGAAGCCUAACACAACAAACUCUGCAGUCAAAGAUCUCCAAAAUACCCCAACCAAAGGGACAACAAUGCCAACAGAAGUCUCUACGCCUCCAUCAUCAUCAUCAUCAUCAUCAUCAUUAUCAGGGCAUCUGACAACAUCUAUUCUGACUCCAAUGAAGGCCAAAAUCCGUAAGCAGAAGAUGGAUGAAGGUGAGAUGGUCAUAGCUCCUAAACUGAUACAACUCUUGAUCCAGAGUCUCCAGCCACUGAGCUUCAUCUAUUCAGAAGGCUUUAGAUCUUACAUGAAGUUUCUGGAACCGGUCUACAAGAUUCCACCUAAGCAGAAGUUGCAGAACAGCCUACUUGCCAUGUUUGAAGAAAGCAAGAUACAACUCAAAGAAAUGCUUGUUGAAGAAGCUCCCUACUUCUCACUCGUGUAUGAUCUGUGGAAAGGCAGUGACCGGGAGAUGUACACAACAAUCACCAUCCAUUACUUAACGAGUCAGUGGGAACGCAGAAGCUAUGUCCUGGGUACUGAGCAUGUUUCAGAUGCCAAAGUUAGCAGCGAUGAAAUAUGCCUUUACAUCCGUGAACUGUUGUUCCAGUACGAGUUGCCAUCAGAACGCAUGGUGGCGAUCCUGAACCGACAGGGGAUGCUGAAGUCAACUGCCAAGGGUGUUGGGUCUACGUUGGUGUGUGAGUCAUUGAGCUGUGCAGCAGAGAAGCUAGAGAUGUGUGUUCUAGCAGCAUUCAGUGUCCCUGAGGUGAAAGCAGUCAUUGAGCGAGCAGGUCAACUGGUCACCUAUCUUAUGUAUGAUGACGAGGCAAACAAGGUCCUGCAGGAGAUGAAGGAUGCUGAAUUGGGUGGAGCACAGACCGAUUUGGUGCAGGAUCGCAAAGGAAGUUGGAUUGCAACAUCUGAGAUGCUCUUCAAGCUGGUUGCUCUAAGAGACAUUGUAGAGAAGGUUAGUAGUCUGGAUCUAAAGAGUGCAAAACUGUACCUCACUCAAGACCAGUGGCAUCUAGCAGAAAAGCUUGUCAGCUCACUCCAGAUCCUGAGAGCUGCACUGGCAGUCAUGAGCAAGGACAAGACUGGAUCAGUUUCAUGCCUGCUGCCAGUUGUCCACAGUAUUCUUCAGCACUGCGAAGAUGCCAGCCAUGGGCCAAACUCUCCCAUGGAAAGAUUCUUGAAGACUAUUGGACGGGAGACGAGAGAUAAGUGGGACCUGACUGCCAUCCUGCCGUCCUCUGUACCUAUGCUUGCUGCGCUGCUUGAUCCACGCUUCAAGAAGCUUAAGUUCAUUGCUGAGGAAGACAAGACAGAUGUGAUCGAAGCACUCAAAGGUGUUAUGCAAGCUAGUCCCGGCAUCAUCGAUGGAGGAGCUGAAAAUAACCUGCCCGCCGACUCACAUGAGACGUCCCCAUUCUUGUGUUUGUUUGGUGACGGUGAAGAGGAUGUACCCGACAGACUGGACAUAGACAGUGAAAUUAGCAGCUACAUGACCUUUCCUGCAUUAAGGCAUGAUAGCUGUCCAUUGGACUGGUGGAGGGUCAACAGGAGCAGGUUCUCGCACCUUGUCCAGUUGGCCAAACAGUUCCUCUGUGUGCCUGCCAUUGCGCAGUCUAUGAGUGACAUUAUGGCUGGAGCAUCCAUGCUCGAUAUGAAGAGAGCUGUUUUGGAAGUUGAACUUGUAGCACCACUCAUCUUUCUCAAUCAUAAUUGGUCACUGACCCAGCUUUAAGGAUACACUGUCUAAUUUUGUGUGCAGAUCAUUGUGUUGGACAUAUUUUCAUGUGACGCAGGUAAAAACUCCAAACUCUGCCUUCAUAACUCAACGUGAAUUCAACUUUUUUAAAUUGCGUUUGGAACUUUGGAUAUAUUUUUUUUAUACCUCAACGAUUGGGUAUAUGUAUUUGAAAUUACUUAACUUGUUUCUUUAGUUUUGUAUUGUACCAGCUUUCAAAAAUGAUGUGCUUUUUACAUCUUGUUUUAUUUUUAAUUUCUGUUGUUAUAGGGUAAGUCCACUCAAAAAGUAACUUACUUUCAAUAGAAGCAGAAAAAUCAGACAAACCAAUCAAAAAAGGUUUGGGCAAAAUCGGAUAAUGAAUUUUUAAUGACAUGAAAAACUUUG